GCGGCGCCGCACAUCCGAUCUCUCGCUCGCACCACGUGGUGGGGCGGCUGCGCGGAGGCGCGGGCAUGUUCGAAGCCCUGUGCUACAUUUUUAUUAGUUUGUAACCGUUCUUUGACUCAGCACCACAGCUUGUUUCUUGCGUGCUGUUUAUCAAUAACAUUUCGGUAAACAAAAUCCAACAGAUGAGUGAAGAGACGGGGAAGCUUUUUGAAGCUCAUGCGCGCUUUGGCGUCAUUCGGCUCGGGCAUGGCGAGCCGAAAGCUGAUUAAAGUUGCCGCGAUCAUCGCUUUCUUAUACUGCACCCUGUUGGUGUACCAGGGCGGUGUCUCUAACUUCCAAGAACCACGAGUGCAAGUGCAAGAACUGACUAUAGACCCAGUGACUAAAUCUAGUGUUAAUGACAGUGAUACGACAAAAAAGAUAACAUUGGAUGAUUUGUUUAUAAGUGUUAAAACUACAAAAUAUUAUGAAAAAACAAGACUGCCCAUAAUAUUGAAGACAUGGUUUCAAUUGGCAAAAAACCAGACAUGGUUUUUCACCGACAGAGAUUAUCAAGUUCAUCAAACCCAAACAAAUGGCCACAUGGUGAAUACCAAAUGCUCUCCAAAUCACUCCAGAAAUGCACUUUGCUGCAAAAUGGCAGUAGAAUACGAUCGCUACUUAGAAAGUAAUAAAAAAUGGUUCUGCCACUUCGACGAUGACAACUACGUGAACGUACCACGCCUAGUCGAAGUGCUCCAAAGGUACGACUACAAAGAGGACUGGUACCUUGGCCGGACCUCGGUCUACAAGCCAGUGCGGAUCUACCAGAAGUCCAAGAAGAGCAAAAAUGCGAAGGUUGAAAAUUUUAAAUUAAAAUAUUCGUUUUGGUUCGGCACGGGCGGCGCUGGAGUAUGCUUGAGCCGAAGUUUGGCUUUAAAAAUGUUACCUUUUGCGAGUGGUGGGCGGUUCAUCAGUUUUUGUGAUAAUGUUCGGUUUCCUGACGACGUAUCCCUUGGAUAUCUUAUAGAAAACAUAAUGCAUAUAAAUCUGACGGUGAUACCGGAGUUUCACUCACAUUUGGAGCAAUUGAAGCUCUUGGAGACUGAGAAGCUAAAGGAGCAAGUCUCCUUCGGCUACAGCGUAUAUAAGAACGAGUGGAACGUAGUCAACGUGCCGGGUUUCGACACUUUGUAUGAUCCUACUAGGUUCCUGUCUCUGCAUUGUUUCCUGUUCCCGCAUUUCAAGUUCUGUCCGAGAUAGCCAACGUGUGUGGAAAGCCAACACCUGUGUGGAAAGCUAGUUUAUCUAAUUUAUCUCUGGUUGCCUGAUAUAGUUUUAAAGUAUUUUUGUUUUCUUUUUGUUUAUGGCUUGAAUUUAGGGUGACUGCUAUAGUUUUUGUCCACUACAUAAUAAUUGGCCACUCUUAACAAUGACUUCUUUUCGCUUGUUUAUUUUUUCUGAUUUGUUAGUAAAAUCCAAUUUCUAUAUAGGGGCCAAUACAAUAACUACAGGAGUCACCCUAUCACAAGUAUUUUAUUAGACUUUUAUUUUAUUUUCUUAAGAAUAUGUUAUUGUAUUAUCAGGUCAUUUAAAUCGAUUUUAGAGAUGAUACGUUUCUAAUUCUUUAUUUUUUAUUUAUCUUUAUAAUAUUUUGUUAAUAAUAACUAUGUUCAACUUGCUUUAAUUAGAAAAAGUCAACACGGUAAUGCAAGAUUAUAAUUUAUCUAUAUUUUGUUUAAAAUUAAUCAUACCUUUUACAUAAACAUAGAAAGUUUUGAAAGUGCAAUAAAUAAAACUAAUGUCACUGAAAUUCACGCACUUCCAUUUUGUUAAUUAUCUUGUUUUCUUUUUGUUAUAUUUAACACAUUUAAAUUUGCUUUUAUUUUCAAACAUAUUUAACUGGUAAAAUAAUUUAUAAAAUGUAAUAUAACUUGUUUCUCAUUUUGCUGUGAAACAUUAAUGUAAGUAGCUUAUGACUGAGCCGAUCACACUCAUAAAUAUUAUAUAAUCUAUCAUAGAUCUACCGCAAAAAACAAUAAUAUUUGAAAACUCAUUAUAAACUUUUGGUCAUGUAAGAAGUUAAAGAUUACAGAAUAAAAUGUACAUAGUUCAUUUGCCUAUUUGAGCACGGCUAAAUUAUUUAUGUCAAAGACCUCGCUGUCAAAAAAAAAGGUAAACGUAUUUUUAAGAAUAUAAAUGUCGCGAAUUCAAAACCUACAUGGGUGAUGUAAUAAUUGUUGUCUUUAAAAAAAGUCUGUGAUAUUAGCUGAUAAUUGUAAGUAGACGCAAAAUGUGCUAUUAAAAUGUUAUUUAAAAUCUCUCAAGUCAUGUUAUGAUAUUGUUUAUAAAAUAAUUAUUUGUUUAUAAAAUAAACAAUUUCAAAAUCACAAUA